ACGUAAUCACGCGAAGCUUGAUGGAUUCGGCGACAGGCGAUAUUCCCAGUAAACACGAAAAAGCGCAGCUCGACGACCUGAUCGAAAAGAAGAAGAGCGAGUAUAUGCGCCUCCUCCAAGAAAGCCAAGAACACGAUCCAAAAAGCGCCGAGGACCUAAACCACAGGAAGUACGAGCUCGCGCUUGCAUACAACGAGCGCGGUCAGGUGAACUACAGGAUGAUAGAAUUCGACGAGGCCGUGGAGGAUUACACGGAAGCCACGUUCUGCGAUUCCCUGGCGGCCGCCUACUUCAAUCGUGGAACCGUCAAGUACAGGAUGGGUUGUUUCGACGUUGCUUUGGGCGACAUGGAGAAGGCUGUUUCGCUUGAUCCGACCAACAAGGAAUUUCAACUGGGUCUAAAAGAAACCAAAGCACAGCUUCAAGCUAAACUGUAG